GGUUGUAGAUAAUCAAAUCAAAUCAGACCAGAUAGAUAAAUGAUGUUUUUCUUUUCCUUUUCUUCCUCUCCGUAAUGAGAACUUAACCCCACGUUGCAGUUGCGGCUCCCGUAGAAAGGCAGAAAGGCGUGAGAAGCCAACGUCACUAAUCACAGACAUCUGAUUGAGCUUGGACCACCUACUGUACGGCACUACUCCGAAUACUAUCGACAUGUAUCAAGCUACAUUGUAUCAAUUACCAUCACUUAUCGGCACACUUCCACUUAUCACACUUGCUGCUCGGUACGUGCAAUAAUUGAACCUUCAACUCCGAUCAGAACAAUUGGAUUCAAGACGAUCAAACUGUCGAAGAAGCCGUCUUCGACCUUCAAUCUCUCCCGUCGGCAAUACAGCUACAAAUCUGCAGAUUAUUCUGGGAGCACAUCGCACUUCUACCACCCAUCAUGGAGUCCAUAAGAGCCGUGUUCUUCAAACCCGAUCCUCAAGUUCAAGUCCGCAAAUGUAACAAUCUCAUCCGCCAAAACACACGCAAACUCGACCGAGACAUCGCUACCCUCAAAGCCGUCGAGAACAAGACCCGCAACCUCAUCAUCGCCGCCAACAAGCGCGCCCAACGCAACCCCUCUCAAGCCAAACAAGCCGCGCAAGAAACCCGCAUUUUCGCGCGCGAAUUAAUCCGCACCCGAAAUACCUCCCGCAGACUCGUCACGUCGAAGGCCCAAUUGCAGAGUGUGAAUAUGCAAGUUAAUGAAGCGUUUGCGGUGAGGAAAAUCGAGGGCAGUAUCAAGGCGAGUGUGGGUAUCAUGAAGGAUGUCAAUAGUUUGGUGCGAUUACCGGAGUUGAUGGGGACGAUGAGGGAAUUGAGUCAGGAAUUGGUUAAGGCGGGGAUUAUUGAGGAGAUGGUGGGUGAUAUGUUGCCUGAUCAGUUGGAAGAGGAGGACGAAGAGGCGGAGGAAGAGGUUGAUAAGGUUCUUGGAGAGAUAUUGCAGGAUAGAAUGUCCAAGGUGGGAGCGACGCCAAAUUUGCCGGCAGCACCUGUACAAGAGGAAGUUGCUGCGGAAGAGGAAGACGAAGAUGCUGAGGCUAUGUUGAAUCAGAUGAGAGGAAGGUUACAAGCUUUGAAGAGUUAGGUGGGGGGAUACAUAGGAAUUGGGUUUUGUAUACCUCAUUUGGAGUCUAGCUGGAGUUCGGAUUGGAGUUCUGGUUGGAUUUGUAUAUGCUUAGAGGCAUUUUUCCGGUGGUCUUGGCAUGAUCAAUACAGAAGGCUUGUUCGGAAAUACUUCCUGGUCUAUAGCUUUAUGCAUGUUCACAAUACAUUACAUGACAUGAUAAUAGAUAUCUCUUCAACGUUCAAUCUAAGAUGGGUAGAGCGAAGAGGUUGAAGGUGGGUGGCA